AACACACGGCUCCCGGUUGACACAGCUGAUUGGAGUUUGUACCUAGGACACCUAGGGUUUUAUGAUAUAACAGUACACAAGGAUAUCUUCAUUUUAAUGUGUACCGUACAGUGAAAGUAAGAAGACUAGUGAACAAUUGACUGUGAACUGGUAUUCGACAAGGGCAUCGUGAACUGACCUUAUCUACGAACAUAGUCGAUGAUGGCCGCGAUGAUUGAAAUGUUCAACCAUUAUUCCUUCAAACCCUACACAGACAACAACUACUACAAUCACCACAGCGAGGAUGUAAAAGAAGCCUUGGAGAGAAAACUCCAACAACGUACUCCUCGCGAGCAUCUUAUUAGUCAAGGCAUUAUGCCAGCUGCUGCCACUAGUACAGCUCCGGCGUUACUUUCUCAGAAGACUAAACUCGAGCGAGCUAAGACAGGGGAUAUUCUACAGAAGAAGAUCCGUGUCCGACCGAAUAGGGAUCAACUUGUUCAAAGACAUAUUUUGAAUGAUACUUCYGCAUCUGUAGAUCCAUCCUUAUUAGCCAACCAAAUCAAACUCAAACGUAAAAAGCUGGAAGACGAUUUGAAUGACAGACUUGCAGUUAGACCUGGACCUUUAGAGCUUGUCAAAGAGAAUAUCCUUGAGCAAGGAACACCUGUAGGACUAGCAGUCCAGGAAGGAAAUGUCUCGUUUACAGAUACUGCACACUCGUCACUACUAGAACCAAUAUCACCUGAAUCGAAUGAUGGCUCCCCUGAGCCUUCACCUGAUAAUAUCUUGUCUUCACAAUUUCCUCCAACAACAGCGUCGGAUCUAUUAAACCACACUAAUAUACAAGCAGCAUUGUCUAAAUUGCCAAAAUCAUUAGAUGAGAGGACUUUGGAUGUACCGCAGGGGUUACGGAAGGAAAGGACGCGUAAAAAGUCACCAAGACAGAAGUUUAAGAAAUAUAAAUAUCACGAGUAUCGACCACCAAAUGGMGAGGUACAGAAAAGUAGUCUUCCAAUGGACUCACCCUACGCAUUGAUGCUUCAACAGCAACAGCUGUAUUUACAGUUGCAAGUAUUAUAUCAAAACUAUCCACAGUUUGUGAGCUUGCCUUCAAUUCCUGAAAACGUUCCAAAGCCGGUAAAUAAUAAUAGUGUUAAUGAAGAGAAGCCUGUGAAGAUUGAAGACAUGCGCGUUGUAGAUAUGAGAAAAGAACUCAAAAUGCGAGGUUUGCCUGUUUCUGGGUCUAAAACAGACCUUAUUGAAAGACUCAAAGCAGUUCAGCAACAGACUGRGGAGCAGAAUGCCAACUCGCCUGAUCAACCAAUGAAUGAGACUUCUGUAGGAAGUCCUUCUAUUGUAACCACGGCAACAUCUGUAUCAUGUAACUCUCCUGUGCCGGUUACAAGUGGUGGUUUUGUACCAGUCAAUACACAUAUAAAGCUUGGAAGAUCCAACUCACUGCCUGCUCAUGAAGCAAGACUGCAACAAGUCCAGAGUCAGCUUGUGGCCAACAGCAAGAAACUACAUACCCAGCUUCCUCCAGAAGUGCAGCAGCAACUGCAGCAUUUACAGUAUCUGAACUUGCAAACUCAAUUGCAGCAGCUAAGGGUUCAGCCACAGUCUGGCGGGCAACCUCAAUCAGGACAGUUAAGUCCAAGACAGCAGACUGGUAUGAAACAGCAAGGCUUGAUAUCAUCAGUCAAGAGUGAAAACACUGUGUCCGACAGUUGUGCUUUUAGUCAACAACCAAAGCUCAACCCUUUAUUUAAUAGUAUUACAACAAGCACACCUCAGUCGAUGUUCCUUUCACAUCGUCCUGACCAAGCGCCACAGAUCACAAUGACUCAGGCUAUGCCAACAUUGAAUUAUACAACAAGCAGUAAGAAUCAACAUCUUGGGCAAACUCAGACUGGUUUGCAGGGACUGAUGCACUUAAAAGCAGAAGCUAAUAGGUUAAACGUGGUGGCAAGUCAUAGUGAACCAGACCUGAGUCACUUGGAGAAUGUGAAUGCCAAAACUGCAUUGAAUCAAGGGAUUAGCCAGCAAGACAACAAGAUGCUGUCACCACACGGGUCUCCUCGGCAAACGCCUGUUAUAUUCACUUCAGGGAUUCUGCAGGAACAGCAACCUGGAACCUUGAAGCAAGCACGAACGAAAACUGAUCCAAUGCAAAGAUCUUACUCUGAAAAUGCACCUGAAGAAACGGGAAUAUUAAUGCACACAGUGGAACAGGAAAAGCAGAGGUCGUUAUCUGAGCCACCUCAGCCAUUUGGUCAUAGAAGAUCAUGUUCAUUACCGUCAGGCCAGCUGUACUUUGAUCAUGUUUCACCACCACCAAGCUAUGAAGCGCACAUGGCAGCUCAAAUGCAAAGGAAGUUGAGCCAGGAAUUGUCUUCCUAUCAGCAGCCAGGAAUUACCAUAAAGACUGAAGAUGUUGACGGGGUGGAGGUACAGAGGAAACGUAGUCAGGACUUUUCAUAUCAGCAACAGAUGCAACAACAAUUACAACAACAACAACAACAAAAUCAGCUUCAGCAGCAGAAACAAAUCCAACAUCAACAGCUACAACAACAGCAACAGUUGCAACAGCAGUUACAUCAACAUCAACAACUCCAUCAACAUCUGCAACAACAACAGAAGCAACAACAACAAAAGCAUUUAAUACAUACAAAGAAUGAUGAUAUGGAGAUGGGAAUGGAAACUUCCCAGGACAGAGAACUUACUCAGGAACUUCAAAGGGCAAUGAUGAAACAGCCAGACUUGGGAAUUGAUAGUGAAGAGAUACUAGAGAUUCUUGGAGCCUCUGUUGGCAGCAGCAUUGGUUCGCCAGAUCAUGGCAGCUCACCCCAAAUGACAAUGCAUUCACACAAUCAGCAACCACAGCGAUUUAUUAUACCUCAGCCACAGCAGAUGUCAGGAAUACCAAAGUCUCCUAGUACAGGCUACCUUAGUGUCUUCAGCCCUCCACACAACAACAAUCACCUGCCUAUUCAGUCAAGACUAUCAAAGAGCUGUGAAGAUAUGAUUACUCCUUAUAGCAAACAGGCCAUUCACCAAAGCACUGAAAACACCUUAGCCGAUAUAGACUCAAUUAUCAUGAGUCCAGCAUCGCCCAUGCGAGUUGAUAAUAUUGACAAUGAUGACCAUUUAAUGGCGAUAUCUAACAAUAUUCCUAUUCCUAAUGGUGGACUUAACAAAUCUGAUCCAUUAAGCUGGUUGGACUUAAACAGCCCUGUUGCUAUGACAACUUCUCCUAAUACAUCUACAGAAGUCACCUACAUGAAUAGAAGUUCUCCUCCUUCUACCUUAUAUGGGGUUUCUCCAUCAUUACAAAACGAAGCGUUGAAUUUGCCGUUAUUUGAACUGGAUAACCCAGGUCAGGGAAACUUUCCACAUGAAUUCUCAGAAGCCAUGGAUUUCUGUGUUUCGUAUAAAAUUAAUUAAUUAAAUCUAUAUAAGUUAAAUAUAUUAUUACAUAAGCGUGCUAUGUUAGUAUGUACUAUGUACAUUUUGGUGUUAUUGUUACAAGUUGUAGAAAAAUCCAUGAAACAAGAGGAGUAUUUUCGAUUUUCUGGUGUUUCUACUCUCAGAAAUUGUAAACUAUUUCUAGUUGGUAAAUUGUUAGUUUUCCUAUUUCUAAACAAAGUAACAGAUUUGUCUUCAAAAUAAUGAUCGACAGAAAACAAAAAAUGUUUGACAAUUGUAGUAGAACUUGAAUAUUUAAAAGGUAUUUCAAUGAUAAAUUAUUUUAAGUAUCUGAAAAUGAUUCCUUUGACAUUUAAUAUAGACUUGAUGAUUUUCUUAAUCAUUCAUGAGAUACUCAAUUAGAAAUAAUCAAAACACUACAAAAUAUUUCWAUCCAGAAUCAUAUCCUCUGGAUUGCACAAAAACAUCUCUUGUUUUAUGGAUGUGUUACAUACAUUUACUCUAGAGUUCAAAUUCUAAAUCCAUGAAAGAGUGAUAUGAAAUUAUUUGUGACUAUUUUAUGCUGAAAAAAAAAAAAAAAACAGGGAAAUGUCUAGACUUCUUUCAAGUGCAGGUAAUCUGAACUGUCAGCUCUCCUAGAAAUUUAGGCUCAUGCUUCGUGGAUUAGCCAAAUGUAUACAAGUCCUAUUGGUCCUAUUUACUAAUCUCAAACUUUGUUGAUAUAUUUUGUGGUUCAUUAUGACUUUUAAUUUGUGCAAYAAUAAAAUUAGCCAACGUUGUCAAAUCAGUAAAGUGAGUUUAUUCUGAAAUCUAUCAAAAUUGUAGGCACUGAAGUUAGUUUCAAUUUCUUUUCUUUAGCAACUUGUUAUAAAGCAUUAUACAACUUUUCAGUAAAAUCAGACGUUUUGA